AUGGUCGGGCGUACCUCGUCAUCGACGAAGAAGCGCAAUAACGAAGAGGAUCCAAACCCAGCGCCUUCUCCAACAACCUACUCUCAGAGGUCCCUACUAAGUCCCACGCGCCUCUCACCCCCCUCAAACACUGUUGUUACGCACCAUGGCAAAGACGUUCUCAAGAAAUCUCAGCGAAAGAACCGGUUCCUCUUCUCCUUCCCUGGCCUCUUUGCCCCCAUGGGAGGCGGUAAGAUCGGUGAGCUCAAGGAUUUGGGCACCAAGAACUCCGUCUUAUACCUCGAUUUCCCUCUGGUCAUUAGCUUUUCAUGUCCCAUAUCGUAUUUUCCGAUGCUUGGUGGAUUGGGACACAAGCUGAGAACCGUGAAGAAGACCAACUUGAUUUCCCUGAGGAACUUACCAAGAAUAAUAAAAGAAACGAGAGUGCUUGUUGAUCAUCCAGAAGGCACACACUUUCCUGUGAUGUGUCCACACAUGCUUCAGUGA